AUGGUAUACAAAAAGGAAGGCGCGAGCGCCAUCGCGCCAGACGCGGGCCCCUGCCCUAGCCAGGAAGGGGGCACGUCGGGUUGGGGAGGGGAGCCCAGGCUACAUCAUGAGGAGGAGGAGGAGGAGGAGGAGGAGGGAGGAGGGAGGAGGAGGAGGAAGAGGGGGGAGCAUCCUGGUGGCCCCCGUUGCCCUGUCCCCCCCUGCUCGUCCGGCCCGAGCGGGGGCCCGGGCCGCAUGCCCAGGGCGCUGCCGCGCCGUCGAAGGCCCAGGGAGGACGUCGCCACGCUGUCCGUGAUGCCCCCCUGGACCUUCGCAGGUAGCGGGCGUCGACAGUAAGAGGCGCGAAGCUGGAUUGGCAUCCACUCUCGGGUGCCCUGUCGAGGCUGGGCAGGUGGCCAUAGGCGUCCCUGCGACAGGCCAUACAUCGACGGCUGCCUCGGACCGGAAAGCGCAGGAGGCCCUGUCAGGCGCCGCCAUGUGAGCUGCAGCGUGGGGGGAGAGAUCCCUUUCAUAAGCUGCAUGUGCUCAUGCGGGCGCAGACGCCCGGAAGAUACAAACUGCAAAGUGUUGAGGCCCCUCUCGAGUGGUGGCGAGCAGUGGGCAUCAGAGAGGAUGAGCAAAUAGGAUAACGACAAGAAGGGAAGAUGUCACGGUGCAUGGCGAGCAACGCAGAGUGGCCAACGAUGACCGACUGGAGGCCGACCCCCAAACCGAGGGGCAACCGCCCGGGGAGCACGGAGGCGCAGACCUCCACAAAAAGUGCCCCGAGGCGGAAGCUGGGCGGCGAAGCUGACUCUUGAAGGACCCCACUGGCCCGACUUAACACUGGCUGGGGCUUCGAUGGCACGCGCGUGCCACGCGUGCCCGACGCCAAGCGGCUAGACCAACACUGUCGAUCGCCCGCCUUCGACCCGUCGCUUGGUUGGAAGGCCGAAGAGAACAGCAUAUGCACAGACGGAGGUCUUGGAGCGCUGAAUAUCUACAAGCGUCGCGGCGGCAGCCUGCUUGCCGGGCGACUGGGACUAAAAGGGGGUCUGGCGAGCAAGGGUUAGGUCGGGCGUGUC